AUGAUGCACUUGCCCGUGUCUCUAUUGCUUGACCUCCAGGCAUUGUAUCCAAAAUCAUUGGUCCCUGCUGCCAUUGCAUCGCUGCCUGAGUUUUACAUCUCGAAGUCGAGCGACCCCCUCGUUGGUGGAGUGAUGGGACUUCUGGGGGACAGCGACAGAUACGUCUGGUUCAAAUCUCUCCUAAUGCUGGAAGCGGUUUUCCAGGUUCCUGUAUUCAUCAUUGGAAUGCGCGGUCUUUGGAAGGAUGCGCGCUCUAUCUACGUGCUCUUGUUGAUUUACGCCGCGUCGACAGCUACGACCACUCUUCCCUGUCUUGCCGUCAUUCUCUCAACCCCGAUUUUGGGCGCUAGUAACGUGGCCGCAGGAGUGGUCCCUAUCACAUCAGAGCAGCGGCUUAUGCUGCUAUCCAGCUAUGUUCCAUUCCUCAUUUUGCCGCUGUUCAUGACGGUCGACAUGGCACUCCGGUUGUGGAAACUUCUGGAAGUAGGAAAUCAAUCACAGCUUGCUGCCAAAACUAAGUAG